CUCCAAAGCUGGGGUACCACCUUCUCCCCUCUUGAGUUCCUCCCCCCAAACCUCACCUGGCCCCUCCCACCUCUGUCUGUACCGUGUCUGUAUAUUAUAUGUUUCUGUGCGCGUCCCCGGCCGAGCGGGAAAUUCUCAUUGAUCACCGAAUAACGGGCAGCCGUGGGUGUCAGUGUGCGUCCCGGUGAGAGCCGGCCUGUCCCGUCCACCGCCAGCUCGUAGUGACCGCAGCGUCCGCACAGCGCUCCAUGGCGUACAGUCAGGGGGGCGGAAAGAAGAAGGUCUGCUACUAUUAUGAUGGCGACAUUGGAAAUUACUACUAUGGACAAGGACACCCCAUGAAGCCUCAUAGGAUACGAAUGACUCACAAUUUGCUUCUAAACUAUGGACUUUACAGAAAAAUGGAAAUAUAUCGCCCUCACAAGGCAACAGCUGAAGAGAUGACAAAGUACCACAGUGAUGAAUACAUAAAAUUUUUACGAUCUAUAAGACCGGACAACAUGUCUGAGUACAGUAAACAAAUGCAGAGAUUCAAUGUAGGAGAGGACUGUCCUGUAUUUGACGGCCUUUUUGAGUUCUGUCAGCUGUCUACUGGAGGCUCUGUUGCCGGUGCAGUGAAACUGAAUCGACAGCAGACAGACAUGGCAGUUAACUGGGCAGGAGGGUUGCACCAUGCUAAGAAAUCUGAAGCGUCUGGGUUCUGUUACGUCAAUGAUAUUGUUCUUGCCAUUCUGGAACUACUAAAGUACCACCAAAGAGUGUUGUAUAUUGAUAUUGAUAUCCAUCAUGGUGAUGGUGUUGAAGAGGCAUUUUAUACCACUGACCGUGUCAUGACUGUUUCUUUCCAUAAAUAUGGGGAAUAUUUCCCAGGCACUGGAGAUCUCAGAGAUAUCGGGGCUGGUAAAGGAAAGUAUUAUGCUGUCAAUUUCCCAAUGAGGGAUGGGAUAGAUGAUGAAUCUUACGGACAGAUAUUCAAACCAAUCAUAUCAAAAGUGAUGGAAAUGUACCAGCCUAGUGCUGUGGUCUUACAGUGUGGAGCCGAUUCAUUGUCUGGGGAUCGCCUUGGAUGUUUCAAUUUAACAGUGAAAGGUCAUGCAAAAUGCGUUGAAGUUGUGAAGACUUUCAAUUUGCCUCUCUUGAUGCUUGGCGGCGGUGGGUACACUAUCCGCAAUGUUGCACGCUGUUGGACAUAUGAGACUGCUGUUGCUCUGGAUUGUGAAAUCCCCAAUGAGCUGCCGUACAAUGACUACUUUGAAUAUUUUGGUCCAGACUUUAAGCUACAUAUUAGUCCUUCUAAUAUGACCAAUCAAAACACCCCUGAGUACAUGGAGAAAAUAAAGCAGCGUCUAUUUGAGAACCUGCGUAUGCUACCACAUGCUCCUGGUGUCCAGAUGCAGGCUAUACCAGAGGAUGCCAUUCAAGAAGACAGCGGUGACGAGGAAGGUGAAGAUCCUGAUAAGCGUAUCUCAAUACGGGCAUCUGACAAGCGGAUAGCAUGUGAGGAAGAGUUUUCAGAUUCUGAGGAUGAAGGUGAAGGAGGGAGACGUAAUGUAGCUGAUCACAAAAAGGGAAACAAAAAAGCAAGGCUCGAAGAAGACAAAAAGGAAACUGAUGACAAGAAAUCCGAUGUGAAGGAAGAAGAUAAAUCAAAGGACAAUGUUGUGGAGAAAAUGGACACCAAAGGGUAACUUUUUUUUUUGGGUGUCAAGUCAGAACAGCAGAGUAAUCCUUGAGAUAAGCAGGACUUUUGAAUACCGUCUGAAGAUGGAAGUAGAGUAUGCCUCAUCCCCCACCUUCUUACAAGAGACUUCUGAUUCUACCCCUUUAGCACUUGGCAUGGACCGUAUUUAUUGUAAAACGGUAUCGUUUUUCUGGCAGGUCGUAUUGAGUUUUCUAAUUAUGGAGCAACAUUUCUUAUCUCUGCCAUGCUUUAUGUAAUAGUAUUUAAGAUGAAUGUGUUAUGUUUCAUGUCUUUAACUGAUCUAUUAAAAUGCCUUUUUUGCCUUUA